AUGAAGGUGAGUUGCCGUUCCAAAAGUCGAUGGUUUCCUAAUCUUGCAAAAUGCAAAAUUUGUCCAACUGGUCAUUUUGAUUACCAGACAAGACAAUGCGAUCCAGCACAUGUUGGGAUGACUGUAGAGUUCUUCAUCAAUUCCAUUGUUAUUGUCGAGCAGGACACCAUUGUUGAUGUCAUUGAGGACUUCGGCUUCGCUGUCGACGAUACUUCCUCCAAUACCGACGACCCAAAGCUUUGUUUUUUGCAUACGACUUACGAAGAUAAAUGGUCGUGGGAGAACAGAAUUUUCUCUCCUCCUUCGGAUAAUGAUCCCUGGGAGGAUAACCAUGUUGAUUGGAGCACUCCACCCAUAUUUGAUAUUGACGAAACUUAG